ACGCGCACAGUUCAUAUAGAGAAAAAAAAUCGUCACAGUGGCGUUUUGCCCGUGAUGCAGACGGAUUUAUUCAAUAAUUCGAUUGUUUUGUCGCGUUGCAACAGCAAAAUUCGGAGUGAAAUUAUCGGCGCUAAGAUGGUUUUCCUGCAAUCGUAGUUCCUUCCGAAAGUAGCGCUUGUACGUGAAUUUCGUCAUCGCGAUUGGAUUUGUCUCUCGAAACGAGAAAGCUGGAAAAAGGUUGCAAUCAGCAAAUCAGGGGGGUUGAGGUUGACUCCGCGAUUAGUGUGUGAGGGAGUAUGCGUGCGGCCCCUGUUACACAUGGGCGUCGUGUAUUUUUCUAUUAGGCAACAAUAAAGUUUGAAGCACACAGUGCGCGAGGGACGUAUGCAUCGAUGGUGGCAGCAAAGGCAACAGCAGUCGAAGGGUAACACACAAGAAAAACCAAGUUGGAAGCGGCAGCAAUUGUAGGAGAGAAGACAGAAGCAGCAGCAGCAGCAGCAGCAGCAGCAGCAGAAAAAAGUGAAUAGGCUCUGAGAAAGUGUUGUAAUGUAUUCAGUGAAAUUUGUUUUUCCUCAUCAUUGCCGUGACUGUGGAAGUUUAUCUUCAGUGGAGGAAGCCGAGUAAUUGCCGUCUAGAUCGGGUUUUAUCGAACUGGGAAGAAGUUGAAUCAGAAUUAUCAGCUAUUUCCGGAAUAUAAGUACUUUUGUGUCUUCUCUACUGAAAUGAUAGUGCAGGAGCCUGUGCAGGCCGCAAUAUGGCACUGUUUGAACCAUUACGACUAUCAGGAUGCGAUUUUCCUGGCGGAAAGACUGUGUGCCGAAGUGGAAUCGGAGGAGAGUUUGUUUCUACUGGCGACCUGUUACUAUCGCGCUGGACAAAAGCACCAGGCCCAUUGGCUUCUCUCGAGAAAGAGUGUCCGCUCAACGCAGUGUCGCUUUUUGCUGUCCAAAUGUGCCUUCGACCUGAAACAAUAUUCGGAAGCGGAGCACACACUUAUCAACGAUGACCACCUGAGGGCACGUCAUCUGGAUGAGGUAGCGAAGGAGUUUGGUGACAUCGGUUGCUUCGCACUCGAGUUGCUCUCAAAGAUCUGUCAGAAGACUGAGCGAGCGGGGCUCGCCAACGAUGCAAACCGGAAGGCAGUUAAGCUGAAUCCAUUUAUGUGGCAUUCGUUUGCCGAUCUGUGUAAUCGUGGGGAGAAACCGGAUCCAAAUGGUGUCUUUCAGCUUACGAGUACGGAUGUGUUUGCGACCAGCCAGGCGACACAUCCAGCGAUGACUUCGGCGGUGGUGUGGUUCGGCAACGCUGGUACAGGAGGCACAGGUGGAGGCGGUGGGGGAGGUGUAAGAGGAGGGGGAGGAAUAAUAACAGCGGACAGCGUUGAUCAGCAAUUGAUCGGGGGUGGUCAUCUGUCCACUCCAAUCGAUCAGGUUUCACAAUGCUUGAUACAAAAUAUUAUGAACACACCAAAUAAUCCUCCACCGCAGCCACCAGGGCAGAAUCCAAACUGUGUAACGAACGCUAGAAUUGGCAGCGGUGCAAUGGGAGAGGAACAAACACCCAACACGGGGGGCGAUGCCGGAACACCUUUCCGAAAGCAGCAGUUUAAAUACCUCGCCGCAAUAAGUCCCACCACACCCAGCUUUGGAGUGCUUCCAAUUGGCAAUAGCCCAAGUUUGAACGAACAUUCGACACUGUUUAUGACCCCAUCACCUCAGCAGCUUUCUUCGGCUACUGGAAUACAGCAACAGCAGCAAGUCCAACAGAGUCAGCAGCAAACUCAGCAAAAUGGCACACAGCAACAGCAGCUUAUAUCAGACAGCGAUCAGCAGAAGAUAGCCUUGCUCAGUAGCAACAAGAAAAUGCGUGGUCAUCAUAAUUUGGGUACGAUGGGGAACAUCAUCAAUCGUAAGAAUGACACAGCGGCAACAACAAUGCUGCUGCAGCAACAGAGUACAAACACGAAACCGAUAGUGUUUAGUCAGACCGGCAACCAACUGACAACCCCGCGGACACCUAACACGACCGGAGGUGCUUUGCAGGCGCAGAAUGUUCGCCGAAGUUCACGUCUUUUCAGCAACAACAACUACUCGGUCAAAGAGAAUACCAAAAGUCCUCAGCUAAACAACAAAUUCGUAGCGCCUCGAUCGCCUCCUCGCAAGUCGAAGCAACGAAUCUCGAAGAAUCUGAACAGUAGCGCUGCCAAUCUGCUGGAGAAUGUCGAGCGGAAAUCAUGCACGGGAAGUGAUGGGAAGGAAAAAAUCGAAACCAUCACGUCGAAUGAAACGCUGAGCGAGAAAGUGUUCAUCAAUAACAGCAUAAACAGCGCGCAGAAGGUAGCCCAGCAAGUGCUAGCGAUGAAGAAACAGAGUGCCGAUGGACUGAUGACGCUGUUGAAGGAACUCGGCCAUGGGUACCUCCGGCUACAGAGCUACGAUUGUAAAAAAGCGAUCGAUCAUUUUAGCAACGUUCCUCCACAUCACUUCAACAGCAGCUGGGUGCAGAGUAUGAUCGCACUGGCUCAUCAUGAGAUGCGAGAUUAUGAGGCGGCUGUCAAUAUCUUCCGGGAGAUCCACGAUCGAGAGCCACAUCGGUUACAGUUCAUGGAGAUUUACAGUACAGAUUUGUGGCACCUGCAAAAGGAUGUGGUGCUGUCUGCCCUGGCCCAGGAUCUGAUGGCACAGGACAAAACCUCGCCGAUUACGUGGUGCGUUGCAGGCAACUGUUUUUCGGCCCACAAGGAGCAUGAGACAGCGAUCAAAUUUUUCUUCCGUGCAAUACAGGUGGAUGAGGACUUCCCGUACAGCUACACGCUGCUUGGACACGAGCUCGUCAUGACCGAGGAGCUGGAGAAGGCCCUGUCGAUGUAUCGAUAUGCAAUUCUGAGAGAUUCACGUCACUACAAUGCCUGGUUCGGGAUCGGUACCAUCUUCAGCAAGCAGGAACGGUACGAACUGGCCGAGCUGCACUACCGGAAAGCGCUAGCGAUAAAUCCGAAGAAUUCGGUUAUCAUGGUGCACAUUGGAGCGAUGCAGUUCUUUCUGCGAAAGACCGAUCAGGCGUUGCGAACGCUCAACGCUGCCAUCGCGUUGGAUCCGAAGAACCCCCUGUGCAAGUUCCACCGAGGAUCGAUGUAUUUCACGAUGGGUCGGUAUCAGGAAGCGCUGAAGGAGUUGGAGGAGCUGAAGCAGAUUGUGCCAAAAGAAGCAGUUGUAUAUUAUGUUAUGGGUAAGAUCUACAAGAAGCUUGGCAAUGUAGACUUGGCUUUAAUGCAUCUCAGCUGGGCGACGGAUCUGGGUUCGAAGGGAGCGAACAACCAGAUUAAGGAUAAUUUCGAUUCUAUUAUGCGGACACAGGAUGGUUCCGCUGGAGGCGCGGGUGGAGAUUCGAGUGGACCAGCAUCUGGAACUGAAACUAAUAUUGAUGGGACUGAUGGAGGUGGGGUUAGUGGAAUUAACGAGGCGGAUAUUGGCAGCAGUAGUGCUGAUCCAGAUUAUUCAGUCGGCGGAGAGCAGGUCUCUAGCGACGAUUCGACCGUCAAUGUACGAAAUGAGUCAAUCGAUGUUCUUGGCGGUAAUCUGUACGAUAGUGAUAGUUACUAGAGCAAAUUAAACCCUUACAGGGGUGUUCAUUAGCAAGUUUUUCGUUUUCCAGCCUUAUAUACCAUAAAAUCUAAAAAUAGCUUUGUGUAGAGCCCUCGAUUCGUUCUUAAAUAAUGAUUUUUUUUGGUUUCCCUCUAGCUGUGUUCGUUUCGGUACUAGUUUUUUUUCUAUGUAAUAGCUUGCAUUCUGUCAUCUUGUGUUGAUCCAAGUAGAACGGUAGUGAGUUGCUCCUCAGACUUUCCAAAUGUUGACUGUGUAGGAAAAAUUCUAACAAACCAGCAAAAAUGGUGCCCACCAACUUGAGGAAGAUUCAAAACAUUCAUCAUGAGUACAUUUAGGAUAUAACCGGCCGGGCAGUUAUCAAAAUCAUAAUUCAUUCAUUAUAGUGAGGUAUCAUCGCGCGUAGUAUGGACUGACAACACAAUACUGGAUUUGGGUUAAUGUUGGAACAUUUUGCUGCCAAGUAAAUUUACACGUGCAUUCAAAAUGUAUCACAAGUUGUACUUUCUCAACAAGCCUCUAAUGCUCUGAAUGAAUAGAAAUUCUUACCGAGAGAGGGACUUGCUCUAUGGAAAUGUACGCCUGAAAUCCAAUACAAAGUUUAUAAAUAUGAAUAAAAGGCAUUGACUGGUGUAGUUGAAAUAGUAAUGAUAUAUGAAGUAUAACAAAUGUAAUAAAUAAUCGUGAUUCGCAAAGAAAAAAAAACGAAAAAAAAGAAGAGAUGUGAAAAUAAACCAUAAAUAGGUCGUUUGUAUGAAUUAUUUAAACAAGAA